AUGAACACUUCCAUCGUGGUAGCAAUAGACUUUGGCUUGACCUACACCGGAGCGGCCUUCAUCUACCCAUCUGUUCCCUUCCAAUCCGAUGACAUCCGCGUUGUCCGCCGUUGGCCCUCCUACCGGGGAAUUAGAACACAUGAAAAAGCCCCCAGCGCUAUCGCCUACCCCGCAUACAAUCCCCAGAACCGAGAGCGGCGCUGGGGAUUUCAGAUCCGACCGGGAAUGACGGCAUCCGCCUGGACCAAAUUCCAGCUCGAUGACGAGGCCAGCGAAGAACUCCUGCCGCUUCGUACGGGGCCGUGGGCAAGGGCCGGCGGUGCAUUUUGGCUGCCAAACGACAAGUCCCCCAUCCAGGUCACUGCGGACUUUCUGGCCGAGAUUUAUCGGUACGUGAUGAGAGAGUUGCAGACCUAUGUCACCAGGAUGACGCGAGGAAACCGCGCCCCGAUUCCUGUCGAAUUCUGGUUUUCGGUCCCCAAUCUGUGGCCCGAGCAAGCAAAGCAAAGGAUGAGGCAAGCGGCCAUCAUGGCGGGGUUUGGAACCGGGCUUCGUGGUCAAGCUGCAAAUCUGUGCUUCGUGAACGAGGCCCAGGCUGACAUGGCUUAUGUGAUCUCCUGUUCAUCCUCAAUGACCUUCCCCCUCUUGCCCCAGGAAUCAGUCCUUAUUUGUGAUUGUGGUGGCGGGACUACGGAUGUCUCAAGUUUUCUCAUUACGGGAAUCGAGCCGUACUCCUACGAAGAAACAACUGCAGCUUCAAGAGUCUUGUGCGGUGCCACAACCGUGCAGCGCGCCCUGUACGCACUCAUGAUAGAGCGGUUCGGUAAUGCCUUUUUAAACGUGCCACUGUCAUCAAGGGCCCCGGGCAGCAGCUUUAUGGUUUCAUUUGAGGAGCAGAUGGCCGGAUUUACUGGUCAGGAGAGCUCGGAUAUGAAGCUCCCACUGCCCAUGAGUUCUCAUCGAACAAACUCAGUAUGGUACAGGAACGGUUGGGCUCUACUUUCCGUGGAGGAUAUGAAAAGGUUGUACCAACCCACUUUGGAAACGAUUUGCCGCUUGUUGAACCGUCAGAUGGCGGCCGCACCUAGGAAUAUUAAUAGAAUAUUUCUCGUCGGAGGGUUCUCUCUCUGCCCAUACGUUUUGGAGACGAUUUCCGACUGUUUUCUAGCUCCCAAUGGCAAGACCAUCGUUCACCAACCGGAGAACCCGCAAUUGGCUACCGUACGGGGCUCCGUCCUUUGGGGCACGGGGGUUCUCCGACCUGCAACCCUAGUCACCGAGUGCCAUUUUGGCAUUGAGCCAUGCAUGGCAAUCUGUGAUUUCGAAAAUGCGAAUUUUACAUUCUUGGACGCAUUUUCCAGCGGAAGGUCCGUCACGAACGACAUAAACUGGCUCGUUCACAAGGGAUACCGCUACACGGCCAACGAGUGCGGCUAUGAUGACGUAACUCUGGUCUACAAGCACGGCGACUUUCCCACCAAGGCCAUCAACAUAUACUCAUCCACCCUGGAUGCAGCGCCCGCUGGACUCAACCACAGAGGCGUGAGCUUAGCGGUCCCCGUCCUGUGUAAUUUAUCGGAACUCAACCUGGACUUGACCCCUCGUCGAGAGGUCAACGGGUGCUUAUUCCACCUGGUGGAAUGCAAAGUGCGCAUGACGCUGGGAGACAAUGAUGGGCUCUUACAUUUUGACGUAUCGUCCCAGGGCAUGUUGCUGAAUGACCCCAGCAUCGGCCUCCGCUUAGGGUAA